AGAAUUUCAGACUUAUAAGACCACUCUGUGGCCUGUUCUAAGUUGCCAUACUGCAAAGUUAAGUGGUAGGAAAAAGAUCAUCAUGUGGGCGAAGCUUAUUUUAUCACUACUUCUGGUGCAAUGCUUGGCUGCACACCCAGCACCCGAAUUAGAUGACCAAAUCUCACAGGAAUGGAGUGCCGAAAAGACCUGCCUGGAUGUGACUAAAUCGGCUUCAUUUGAAAAUCAAAACGAUCCCACUUGCGGCAGUUACGUCUUUUGUUAUGUGUUAAAUGGAGAAGCUAGGCCGCUGAUCAGUACCUGUAAAGAGUCCUUGUAUUAUGAUGCAACAUUACACUACUGCUCUGCCACAAAGCCGCAGGGAUGUAUAUAGUACAGUGUACAAGAAGCGAGUUCCCCUAAAAUCGCCUAGCCCCCACCAUUUUAUUCAACAACAUGGAAGAGAUUUCCCUUCCCACUAAAUAAUAUUCUUGGGCAAUUAACAUAUUGGAAUUUAA